AUACCUACAUUUAUACAUAUACAAGGAAAUGGUAUAUUUUAGAAAGCGUGGGGAGAAGAAUAUAAAGGUGACAAAAUAUUCAAACUAAGUUUAUAGAAAAAAAAUGAUGUCAGAGAACUGAAACUGUUUCUUAACAGAGCAACCAUGAAAGAUGUAUGCGUGGGGUUUCUUUCUAUUUAGAGUUAUACUCUCUCUCCUUAAACCUGUUCUUCUCUUUCCUCAGGUUUCUAGUUUUGGUAAUGAAAAAGAUUACUUACGAUAACAUAGCCAUCACAGAAUCCAAACAUCACAUGCCUCUCUAUAUGUCUUGUGUGUAUAUAUGAGACAUUGGUUAUAGAAGAGACUAACAUGGAGAUGGAUUUUUCAUGUUUCCAAGAAUACCCUUUUGAGUUCCAUUGCAGAGGAACAUUUAAUGGGUUUGGAGAAAACAAUGCAGUGUCUGAAGAGUUCUGUAAUAAACGAAGGAUGCAGAAGAAGAGUGAUGACUUGGAGAAGAAGAAGAAGAAGAAGAAACAGAGUGGUUCUAGGGUUUGUAGUAGAGGACAUUGGAGGAUUUCUGAAGAUUCUCAGCUUAUGGAGCUUGUUUCGGUUUACGGUCCUCAAAACUGGAACCACAUUGCAGAGAAUAUGCAAGGAAGAACAGGCAAGAGUUGCAGAUUGAGGUGGUUUAACCAGUUAGAUCCGAGGAUUAACAAGAGAGCUUUCAGUGAUGAAGAAGAAGAGAGACUACUUGCAGCUCAUAGAGCUUUUGGUAACAAAUGGGCUAUGAUUGCUAAGCUUUUCAAUGGAAGAACAGACAAUGCUUUAAAGAAUCACUGGCAUGUCCUCAUGGCAAGAAAGAUGAGACAGCAAUCAACUUCUUACGUCCAAAGAUUCAAUGGGUCUGCUCAUAAACCUAACACAGAUCAGAAAAUCUUCAAUCUUUCUCCUGGUAAUGUAGAUGAUGAUGAAGAUAUGGAUCUGAAAAAGUGCAGCUGGAAAAUGCUAAAAGAGGGAACUACUAACCUGAAAGCUCAGUAUCUCCAAGAAGAAUAUUGUUCUUCACGCAUGCCGAUGCAGGGUCCACAUCAUCCCUACUCAACCUUCCCUGCAGAUUCCUUGGCACUGACACUGCAUGUCUCCAUCCAGGAACCAUCAUCAUCAUCAUCAUCUUCGUCAUUAUCACUGCCAUCAUCAUCAAGUGCACAACAUACAAUGGUGACCAGAUAUUUUGAGACCAUUAAACCUCCAACAUUUAUAGAUUUUCUAGGAGUUGGUCACUAAAACUCCAACAUGUAGAGUGGGAACUAAUCAAGAAAUUGAUUACUCCUGUCAUUAUUAUCAAAGUCACUGUCUUUUGUUAGCCAUUAACAUGACAAGCUAAGAAAUCAAGUGUCUUCUCUU